AUUUCCGGUUGUCAUACGUCGUAAAUUGACGACAUUGUAGAGAAAUCAAAACAGAAAACAAAGUGUGCUGGCGACUGGAAAAACUCCUCGCCUAUCUCAUCGACGCGAACUAAAUCGUCAAAAGUGACUGUUUUGUGUAGUUAAAGACAUACACAGUGAAGUGAUCGCAUCUUGAGUCCACGAUGACCACUCGGAAACUGAAUACGCUGGAAGAUUUGAGCGAUAUGUUUGAUGAGCAGAAACAGAAGGAUGAGCCUAGCGCACUGAUAUCAAGGAAGACCCUUAACGCUAUCCAAGAAUCGUGGGUGGAGCUGAACUCGGCGGGCGGGCUGGCGGCGGAGAGCGAGUACCUGCGGCUGCUGCGAGAGGCGCAGCGAGAGAGCCGCGACUCGUCCGUGCGGCACUCGCGGGCUUCCAGCGUGAAGGGCAGCCCGAAGUCCCCUCCCAACAGUCCGAACCUAGAGCCCUCCACGGAAGACGAGCUCAAGGGAGUCUACAUCAACUGCUGGCGGGAUGACUCCAACGACUGGGUGUGGGAGUGGAGCAGUCGGCCCGACCAGCUGCCGCCCAAGGACUGGAGGUUCAAGCACCCGGCGAGCGCGCGCGGGCCGCCCUCCGCCACGUCCUCCAUCGAGGUGCUGGAGCAGCCGGGCGCGCCCGCCAUGAUGCAGAGCCACUGCCUGUCUGUCCGGCGCAGCUGCCUGUUCAGCCGCGGCGCGGUGGCGGCCGUGCUCGUCACCAACCUCGUCUCGCUGAUACUGGGCGCCGGCAUCGGAGUAUGGCUCAGCAAGCGAGGCAUGCUGCCGCCGCGGCUCAUCAUCCUGCAGUAGACUGACAAGACUGACGCACGCCAGGCCACCCGGGGAACAAGGUCUAUAGACCCGGUGUGCAAGGCCUAUACACCCGGAGUACAAG